CCUCUUAGUCGGUUUUUGAGUGUUUAUGCUUUACAGCGCUAUUUUUGUUUUGCACCUCCCUUCAAAAUCCGAUAAACCACCACCUCUCUCUCUCACCGGAGAUAUUCAAACUUUUUCACCACCUCCCUCUCCGGUCACCAACCGAAGCAACACAACUUCAAUCAUCAACAAAUCCCUAACGAACCAAACGUUUCAUCUUCAACUCAUCUUUUCAACCUCCACUGCGUUCUCAACCAAGAUCUGAGGGGCAGGGGCUGUAAGUGAGGAUGAAUUUGCAACCUGGGCAGUCUAAAUCCUCUAAUGGAUAUGGCCGUCGUAAAUCUGACAGAGAAGGUGCAGCUAAGUUAGAGAAUAAGAUGCCAUCUGAAAAAUUAAAUGCCAACAGAUUGGCAAGCACAGGUGUGAUUUAUGGCAUUAAAGGUGAUAGUUACGGAAGUCCUUCACAUGACCGACUAGUAUAUCUAACAACAUGCCUAAUUGGGCAGCAGGUGGAGGUCCAGGUGAAAAAUGGGUCUAUAUACUCUGGAAUAUUUCAUGCAACAAAUACAGACAAAGAUUUUGGAAUCAUUUUGAAAAUGGCUCGCUUGACAAAGGACGCUUCUUCACAAAGGCAGAAGCCUGCUGCAGAAUUUAUCAGCAAGGCUCCUUCAAAGAUUUUAAUUAUACCUGCCAAAGAACUUGUGCAAAUUAUAGCACAGGGUGUUGCUGUUACAAGUGAUGGCCUACCUAGUGAACCUCACCAUGAUAGAUAUCAGGAAAUCAUGGUUGAUUCAUUGAUAUCUCAAUCUCAUCAUGCUGAGCUAGGAAGAGAACUAAAACCCUGGGUACCUGAUGAAGAUGAUCUACAAUGCCCUGAACUGGAAAAUAUCUUUGAUGGCCAGUGGAACAGCAUUUUAAGGGGAUGGGACCAGUUUGAAACAAAUAAGGCACUGUUCGGGGUAAAAAGCACAUUCAAUGAGGAACUUUAUACAACAAAGCUUGAAAAAGGUCCGCAAACAAGAGAAUUAGAAGUGCGGGCUUUAAGAAUAGCAAGGGAAAUCGAGGGUGAGGAAACUCGAGAUCUUCAUCUUGCUGAGGAAAGAGGUCUUCACUUUGAUGAAGACUUUGAUAUUGACGAAGAAACAAGAUUCUCUUCGGUCUAUAGGGGUAAACAUGUUGAUGAUACAUAUGAGGACAAUGAAGAUAUACUGAUCGAUUCAUACAAUUCUGAGACUUUUUGUGGUAAAUUCGGUUCAGUCGAUGAGAGGUCUGGUGAAAUAAAUUGUGGAGAAGGCAAUGAUGGAGCUCAUACACUGGCUACUUCCUCUCCCAUGGAUCACCAACAGUCAUCUCAGUCAAGUACUGGUGUAGGUUUAACCAGCACGCGUGCUUAUGAUCAUGCUAAGCAGUUUGCGUCUGCAAUCCCAUCCAAAAGCUACUCGUCUUCGGAUGUGGAAAGCAGGUUUCAGGAGAACCCGGUUCAAAAUCUACGUGGAACCAGUGGUAACACCAAGGAAGAAAAUCUACAAUGUGAGGAUGUUCAGCUGUCUAAAUACGAGGAUUCACAGACAUCACUCUACUUGAAGAAGGACUUAUCUCCUAAUGCCAGCUCCUAUGCCCCAUCAUCUCAUAUCUUAACAAAAUCUCAUGAAAAGAUGGAAUCCCCCGGGGAUUUAGCGUAUGGCAAAGCUAAUGGAGGAACAGAGUAUAUAAAUUCACGCGGAGUCGGUGCAUCAUCUGGGUCAGAUUCUGUGAGAGAUGUGGCAGCAUCUUCUGGUCCUGGUUUAUCUCCAAGUUCAUCUGUUGGUUCACUGUCUUCUGAAAAAUCGUCUUUGAAUCCUAAUGCAAAGGAAUUCAAGCCCAAUCCUACGGCAAAGAAUUUUAUUCCAUCACCUGCUCGUCCUUCCACUCCAGUGUCUGAUAGUUCCUUCUAUUUUCAACCUAAUGUAACUACUGUACCAAAUAUGCAAGGCCUGCCCAUGAGUAUUGGGGCUGGACCCACUUUUACCGGACAACAACCUAUCAUGUAUAAUUCACAGGUUUCCCAAAUGCCAACUCAAGCAUAUUUUCAUCCAAAUGCACCGCAGUACGGACAGCUUCAUGGUCAUCCUAUGCAAGCUUUAUACAUGCCUAGUUACUUACCUGAAAUGCCAUACAAUGGACGUGAUUACUGAAGACUUGACUGACUGUUAUUUGCAAAUCAACUCCUUGCUCAAAAAGAAUAAACUAAGUGGAUGUCCUGAACAGUUAUAAAUGAAGAUAUCUACAACUCAUGGGAAGAUUUCAAAUGGUCCAUUGUGAGAUAUAGUUUUAUGACCUUGUGUGAGCCCAUACAUCUUUUGGGGUUUCAGGUUUUGAUCUGUGUAACAGCGCAACUCAAAUUUAUCCCCGCACCUUUUCUAUUCCCUAAUACCAUGCAACAUUUUCUUUUAUCUCUAUUUGUUCCUCUUGUACUUGAGCAUGUUUGUUUGCUACUGUCCAUCUUGUACUUGAGCAUGUUUGUUUGCUACUGUCUGUAUCAGUUUAAUUGCUGGUAAUUGCCGUUUUAAUCACACAGUUUUUGAAGUAUCCUUCGUGUUAUGAGAGAUUGUGUUGUAUGUUUGGAGGCAUUUAGUUUCAUCCAAUGUGAGAGCAAACUUCUUUGUAGGCAACAUUAAUGGGUUUCUUUCAAUUUCUCGUAAUUGAUCUGAGAGGCCAAUAAUUUUCAUCGGAUGCCAAUUUGAGCCUCCACAUGCGAUUGUUUUUGUUGUGGCGCGGCAAGGAGGUUCACGAUCCAACCUUUUGUUGGUUAUCAUGCAGUGUGCCACUAUUAAUAUUCUAGGAAUGAGAAACCUGAAUCUUCGUGUGAAUAGACCUAUGGAGGUGUCUGUUAGGUAGCUGGCUUCCUCCUGCUAUUGGAUGGAUGGAUGCAGGUCAAUUCUGACAGGGCAGAGGUUUAUGCCCCGGCCCCCGCUGUGCGUGAAAGAGUAAUUUGGAAUAUGUUAGUAUGUGGUUUUGCCUAGUUAUUUGCGUUCAUCUAAUGCACCUGAACUUUGGAGUGCCUAUGAAGGCUUGCAGUUAGCCUAGGUUAUAAACUUGGAGCUGUAGAGCUUCAAUUAAAAGAUGUUAUUGUUUUUAAGUGUUUGUUCAGUGUGUCAACUUUGAAUGAUCAUGGUUGGAAUUCAGUCGAGGACUAAGAGCUUCCUCCAAAUAAAUUUGAUGAAUCAUGUCUAUCA